UCCUGGUCAGCUUGGUGGCCUGCUGCUGCUUGCUGCUGCUGCCCCUCUCCAAGUGCUCCAGCCAUGGAUGACAGCAGGGGGCGCCAGAUAGCUGACACCUUCAAGGCGACCUUCCAGGACAACGAGCUGUUUCGUAAGCAGAGUCAGCAGUAUUUGUCUCCUGUGACGCAUCUGCUGAGAAAGAAACAACAAGCUCACGACAUCCAUCAGGCCAUGCAGCUAGUGAAAGAGGACUUCAACAAUGCUGUGGUGAACCAGCGGUUGAGGAAGGAGGAGCUGGAGGACAAGGAGACGAUCAUCAAGGGGAACCUCGUCAAGUUCGACACCUUCCUCAAGGUCAAAUAA